ACGUUAAAUUUGCAGAGGGCAAUUUCUUAUAGAACGCAGCAAUGGCCGUCGAGUUAGCUCCGGUAUCGAAAUUUCUAUAACACAGGUUUUCGAUUCUGGUUCUGAUUUUCUUCCUUGAUUCCGUAGCAUGAUUGUUUCUCUAGGGUUUAACAAGAUUUUCAAGUAUCGAACUUCGAUCGCGCCUUUUUGUCACUGUCCCAGCGGAAUCUUUGAGUUUUUAUUUUGUAGUCCAGGGACCUGCUGCAUUUUGAAUAACACGAGAGUUUUCAGCCAUGGAUCAAAGCAGACAACGAUUAGAAACUAUGGGUUGGAGCCAAAAUCCCAGUUUUCAUUCUUCCGAAAUAUGGGUUCUGUGCAAAAGACCGCUAUGUUCCUCGAGAAAUGGAACUCUGGCUGUAAUGGCGUCAAUAGGUCUGCGUCUGUUGCGGGGUAUCGUUGGAUACAUUCAGAUAAAUCUGUCGAGCCAUUAGAUAAAAGUGGGGCGAAAUCUGUCAUUACAUCUGCAGAUGGAAGUAGUAACGAGGAGAAGAAGAAGACGAGGAAAAAGCUGAAGGGUAAAAGAGCAGUAGUAAAGUGGCUUAAGUUCUUCAGGUGGAAGAAGAAGAAAGAGUAUGAGAGAAUGACAGCAGAAGAAAAAAUUCUGUACAAACUGAAUAAGGCACGUAAGAAAGAGAAACAGAUUGUUGAAGCUCUGGAGAAAAUCGAGCCUGCUGACUCAUCAGAAGCAACUCAUGAUCCAGAGAUAUUGACACCGGAGGAACAUUUCUACUUUCUGAAGAUGGGUCUCAAGGGAAAGAACUACGUACCGGUUGGAAGACGGGGAAUAUACCAGGGUGUAAUUCUGAAUAUGCAUCUUCACUGGAAGAAGCAUCAGACUGUGAAGGUGAUUGUAAAGACAUUUUCACCGGAUGAAGUCAAAGAGAUUGCUGCCGAGAUAGCAAGAUUGUCCGGAGGGAUGGUGCUUGACAUUCAUGAAGAGAAUACCAUAAUUAUGUAUAGGGGGAAGAACUAUUCGCAGCCACCAACGGAGAUAAUGUCGCCGAGGGUCUCUCUCUCUCGGAAGAAGGCUUUGGAUAAAUCUAAAUACAGGGACGGCCUUCGAGCAGUAAGACGACAUAUUCCAAAACUUGAACAAGACCUCAGGUUGUUACAAUCACAGGCUAAACUGAACUGCAGGAGCAAUGGUGAUUCAGUUGAACAUGUGCAAGAAACCGUCGCGAUUAAUACCAAGGAUGCUGCAAGAAUUAGCGAACACUGGUCUGAUGAUUCUUCUCAGAUGGAUACAGGAAUGAGUUCAGACUCAGAGGACUUAUCGGAUAUGUUUGAGACCGAAUCCGAUACGGAAGCUGAUGAGAAGAUGGAACAGCCUCUAUACUUGAAGGAGUUCGAAAAAUUUGCAGCAGAAACAGAAGGUGAAACCGAAGAUCUUCAUGAUCAACUUAGACAGAUAUCUAUGGAUACCAAACAAGCCAAAAUGUUGGAGAAAGAUGUCGAUUCACCCGAAUUUGACGAGGUCGAUCGAUUGUUCUUGCGGUCUGCAUCACUUUUAAAGAAGAGAAGAAGAUAAAUGUAGGGUGGGAUUCGAGCUCACGAUCUUUUUUGGUUGGAGAUAAGCUCUUUAACCGGUUGAGCUAAGCUCAGGUUGGGGAUAAUUAAUGGUGUUUGUUGUAUUCCCAACCUAUUUCGUGAGUACAUUCUAACAAUUUUAUCAAAAACUUAAUAAAUGAUGAAA